UGCUAUUCUAUUUUGGAACUUAAUUAUCAUAGAAAAAGAGACUACCAAUCUGUUUUUUGAAAGGAAUACUUUUUUCGUUUAAAAUAUUAAGAUAGAAUAAUUAAAAAAUUAAAUCUGAUCCCUUAAUUUCAUUUUUAAGUGAAGAAGAAUAAUAUUUCGAUUAGAAAAAUAUUCUAUUCGUUGACAUCGAGUCCCCCAGGUAAUCUGCCGCUAAGUGUUUAAGCCUAUUGUUGCUAAGUAAUACAAACCUUCUAGCUACUGAAGAAUAAAAUAAAACAUGGACGAAACCAGAGAAGAAGAUCAACAAGAGGAAGUACCUGAAGAAGAAAAUAAAGAAGAAAAGGAAGAAGAAAAAAAUGAGGAGGAGGAGCUCUUCGCUCAAACCGAAACUCUUCGGCAAGAAUUGAAAGAGGAAAUGAUCAAAGUUAUUGAAGAUGUAGUCUACGAACUAAAGUUAGCGGAUAAAUUAGUUGACGGUCUUAUACCUGACAGUGACGGUAUUUCUGAGGACGAAAUGAGUGAGACUAACAUUAAUUUUGUUUGCGAAGCUUUUUGGCAAAAUGCGGUGAACUCUAUUAAGAUAGCGGAUAUAUCCAUCGACGACAAUGAUAAAAAAAACGAUAAGGCAGACGAUGGACAAGAGGAAGAAGAAGCAGAAGCAGAGGAGGGUGCAGAAGAAAAAGAAAAAGGAGCAUCAGAAGAAGAUACUGAAAAAGAAAAAGAGGGAGAAAAAGAAGUUGAGCCAAAGAAUGAAUUAGAAGAAGAAAUGAAAGGAAAUGAAGAAAUCACUGAAGAGAAAACCAAAGAAGAAAUUGAAAAUAUUGCCGAAGAAACUACCGCUGAUGAAGAGAAAGGGGACGAUGAAAUAAUUGAGAUUAAAGAAAACAAAGAAAACUUUCUCUUUGUAGAAGCACUCUUUAGCGCAUUAAAUGAACUAGGUAAAGAAGAAUUGAUCGAAAAGAUAAAAAACUGGCAAAGCGUAGUUUCGCAAUGGAGAAAAUUACAAAUGAUACGAGAAAUGGCUGAGGAACGGAAACGCAAAGCCGAAGAGCUCUUCUUACAACAGCAAGAGCAAGAGGAUGAAGAAGAAGAAAUACAACCUCAAAGAACUCCUACUCCUCCACCAAUACCAUAUACUCAAGUUCUGUCAGAGUGCUCAGGAACUUUAUUAGAUUGCCUUCGCCUUGAUAUUCACCUAUUACAAAGAUUAGAGAAGGCAGAAGUUCUUUCUGAAGAUAUGAUUUUGGAUAUAAAGUGUCGGGCAAAUAGACAUGAUAGAGUGAAUAGGCUUAUACAUUUGCUGAUGAGAUUGGGUCCAGAAUCAUUGAGGAAUUUUAUAGAAGCUCUUAAGCAAAGUGAAGAUCAUUAUUUCUUGGCAAAUAUCUUAUCAUUUAGAACUUUUACUUAGAAACUUAUGUCUUAAAUUUGAGAUUUAUGAAAAGGAAAUAUAAGCUUUUUAUUAUUAUUUUACUUUAUAAAAAAAAGAGAGAAAAAAAAUCUUCAAUUAUCCCUAUCCUUAUAAAUAUUACAA